AGGCCACAUCCUGGACCCACAGCUGGAGCCUGGGGUCUCAACUAGAGCCCCCCCAGAGCCCUGUAGCAGCUGGCUUCCUCCCCGCAGCCCCGCCCCCUGCCCAUGACCCACAGCCUGGAUGGCUGCGGGAGCUACCUGGGGACUGGUCUGACGGCAUUCCGCCUCCCAGGAUAAAACCUGGGGCGACCUGCAGGGAACCUACACACCCUGACCCGCAUCGCCCUUGGUCUCUCGAGCCUGCUGCCUGCUCCCCCGCCACACCAGCCAUGGUGGUUUCUGGAGCCCCCCCAGCCCUGGGUGGGGGCUGUCUCGGCACCUUCACCUCCCUGCUGCUGCUGGCGUCGACAGAAAACGCAGCAAGUACGCAGCGCGCCUCGGUCUCCAGUUACCGUCGGCGUCGCCAUCGCCUCCUCCCUCUCGCCUCCGUGUUCUCCCAUCUCCUCGUCCUCCGCGGCUUGCCUCUGGGGAAGCACCGUUUUGUUUUGUUCCUGCGGCAGGAGGUCAGGGGAGGGCACCAGCGGCAGCAGCGUCCAGACCCGAGGGGCUCAGCCAUCCUCAAUGCGGCCAGGAUACCUGUUCCCCCAGCCUGUGGGAAGCCCCAGCAGCUGAACCGGGUUGUGGGCGGCGAGGACAGCGCUGACAGCGAGUGGCCCUGGAUCGUGAGCAUCCAGAAGAAUGGGACCCACCACUGCGCAGGUUCUCUGCUCACCAGCCGCUGGGUGAUCACUGCUGCCCACUGUUUCAAGGACAACCUGAACAAACCAUCCCUGUUCUCUGUGCUGCUGGGGGCCUGGCAGCUGGGGAACCCUGGCUCUCGGUCCCAGAAGGUGGGUGUUGCCUGGGUGCAGCCCCACCCUGUGUAUUCCUGGAAGGAGGGUGCCCGUGCGGACAUUGCCCUGGUGCGUCUUGAGCACUCCAUACAGUUCUCAGAGCGGGUCCUGCCCAUCUGCCUACCUGAUGCCUCUAUCCACCUCCCUCCAAACACCCACUGCUGGAUCUCAGGCUGGGGGAGCAUCCAAGAUGGAGUGCCCUUGCCCCACCCUCAGACCCUGCAGAAGCUGAAGGUUCCUAUCAUCGACUCGGAAGUCUGCAGCCGCCUGUACUGGCGGGGUGCAGAACAGGGGGCCAUCACUGAGGACAUGCUGUGUGCCGGCUACUUGGAGGGGGAGCGGGAUGCUUGUCUGGGCGACUCCGGGGGCCCCCUCAUGUGCCAGGUAGACGGCGCCUGGCUGCUGGCCGGCAUCAUCAGCUGGGGCGAGGGCUGUGCCGAGCGCAACAGGCCCGGGGUCUACAUCAGCCUCUCUGCGCACCGCUCCUGGGUGGAGAAGAUUGUGCAAGGGGUGCAGCUCCGCGGGCGCGCUCAGAGGGGUGGGGCCCUCAGGGCGCGGAGCCCGGGCUCUGGGGCCGCCUCCCACUCCUAGGGCGCAGCGGGACGCGGGGCUCGGAUCUGAAAGGCAGCCAGAUCCAGAUCUGCAUCUGGAUCUGGAUCUGUGGCGGCCUCGGGCGGUUUCCCCAGCUGUAAAUAGGCUCAUCUACCUCUGGGGGCCCAGACGGCUGCUGCAGAAAGGAGACCCCUCCCCGACCCGCCGGACGGCCUCAGGCCCCGCCUCCAAGGCCUCAUACCCCGCCCCCACGACUUCCGGCCCCGCCCCCGGGACCCAGCGCUUUUGUGUAUAUAAAUGUUAAUGAUUUUUAUAGCUAUUUGUAACCCUGCCCACAUAUCUUAUUUAUUCCUCCAAUUUCAAUAAAUUAUUUAUU